AUCUCCACCUACUAAAUCAUUGAUUGAUAACAAUUAACAUCACUCAGCAUGAUGGACUCCGUCAAAUGUCUAGCAUCAAAGGGGCACUGUAGUCUUUUUUACCCAAACAUCACCGUUACAACAAAAAAAACCAUCUCCAUCUCCAAAGUUUCUCUAUUUAGUGUUAGUUCUCAACUUUUCGUCUCCACUAAUUAGUCGGAUCUCUCUGAGAAUCUCGUUUUCGUUCGUGUUUCUUGUGUCACAAAUCACAAAGCUCUUCAAAAAUUCUCUCUGCUCAUCAAAAAACGUUUCGUAGCUCAUCGUCUUCAUUUGAUUUCUUUACGCUUCGAAACGGUCGAUUUUGUCCGUACGUGAUGGUUUCGUUGAUACCGAAGCUCUGACGUAAGAUUAGGGUUCCGAUUUUACUUUUAUAAAGAUGGCGGUGGAGUAUGAAUGCUGCGAGACGAACUUCUUCAUACACAUCGUCGUUAUAGUGUUGCUAGUAUUGUUCGCUGGGCUAAUGUCUGGUCUUACCUUGGGUCUUAUGUCCAUGAGUCUCGUUGAUCUUGAGGUUCUUGCGAAAUCCGGUACUUCCAGAGAUCGCAAACAUGCUGCAAAGAUAUUACCAGUUGUGAAAAAACAGCAUCUGUUGCUUUGUACUUUACUGAUAUGCAAUGCAGCUGCUAUGGAGACGCUUCCUAUUUUCCUUGAUGCUCUUGUGACGGCUUGGGGUGCUAUUCUGAUUUCAGUGACAUUGAUUCUUCUCUUUGGUGAGAUCAUACCUCAGUCAGUUUGUUCCCGUCAUGGUUUAGCGAUUGGCGCAACAGUUGCACCAUUUGUCCGUGUUCUAGUCUGGAUCUGCUUUCCUGUUGCAUGGCCUAUUAGUAAGCUGCUGGACUUUCUACUUGGUCAUGGUCGUGUAGCACUUUUCCGUAGAGCGGAGCUGAAAACGCUUGCUGGUAAAGGUGGAGAGUUGACACAUGAUGAGACAACAAUCAUUGCUGGAGCUCUUGAACUCUCUGGGAAAAUGGCUAAAGAUGCAAUGACACCAAUCUCUGAGACUUUUGUGAUUGAUAUCAACGCGAAACUAGACAGGGAUUUGAUGAAUCUGAUUCUUGAGAAAGGUCAUAGCAGAGUCCCAGUAUACUACGAGCAACGUACCAACAUAAUCGGACUUGUUUUGGUGAAGAACUUAUUAACCAUCAACCCAGAUGAAGAAAUACAGGUCAAGAAUGUGACCAUACGAAGAAUCCCAAGAGUUCAAGAAACCUUACCGUUAUAUGAUAUAUUGAACGAGUUCCAGAAAGGACACAGCCACAUGGCUGUUGUUGUGAGGCAAUGCGACAAAAUCCAUCCAUUACCUAGUAAUGAUGCUGCUAAUGAGACUGUAAUCGAAGUCAGAGUAGAUGUGGAUAAUGAGAGAUCCCCACAGGAAAAGAAGUUGAAGAGAAGGAGAUCACUCCAGAAAUGGAAAAGCUUUCCGAACAGAGCGAAUUCGUUUAAAGGAGGGUCAAGGAGCAAGAGAUGGUCUAAGGAUAAUGAUGCCGACAUUCUGCGAUUCAACGAACAUCCUCUGCCGAAGCUAACCGAGGAAGAAGAAGCUGUUGGUAUCAUUACAAUGGAAGAUGUCAUUGAAGAACUUCUCCAAGAAGAGAUAUUCGAUGAGACGGAUCAUCAUUUUGAAGACACGUGACAGUAACAGAUUGAAUACAUGGUGGCAGAGUUUAGACUUUUUGUUGUGAAAGGUAAAAAGUCAGGUCACAUGUAAUAACAUUGCUUGUUAAGUAGAAAUUGUUCGGACUAUAGGAACAAAGGUUUUCCUAGCAUGAACUGUUAAUAUAUGUAUCGUACAGCAUAGUCGUCAAAGCAGAGAAUCUCCGCAUCUAAGAACUAAAAGAAACAUUCUGUCAUGAGAAUAUAAUUUGUCUCUUCGCCAGUUUUCUCUUCUUUUUCUUUUUUACUACUGUACUACUGUAAUAGGUAGAAACUAGUUGUUGCGCGGGCCA